CUCCCGCGUGGAAGGAAUCCAAUUGCCGCAUGAAACCAGAGGAAUCACAAAGCUAGUUGUAGCAUUCAACAGGUUGCGAAUGACACUGCAACAGAUACUACACUUGCACUCAUUAAAAUCUCUUCUCUGAGAAAAUGCGAGCCGCAGUGAUGGUUGAAGAAUCUCGGUGAAGGAACGCUCAUGGUGGAGUAAGUGUUGAGUUCUUUUGGGCCACGGCCGAGGUAGGAAGUGGAACAAUUCGUAACACUUCAGGUAGUUCAGAGCUAAAAGAGAAAAGGAAUGACCACAUCAAAGACACUCAUGUUGCCCAUUGACGUGGCCAGCUUCCCUCCAAGCAAACAUUGCAAAGAAAUUGCAUGGUUGUAUAGUACAUCGGCCAUGAAGAUAUUUCCACCUCCUGACCAUGACUCUGAAAGUUUAAACGGUACAGACAUUACAUAGCAAGUCCGGCGACCGACUUAGCCCGUCAAACACGGCGACGUGAUGCACACGGGGUCGAUGGGGCGGGAUAUUUCUCGCCUCUGGAGCCAUUGUUAUGUUGUAGCGCGGAGCUUUAUAUAACUCAGUUUCAAAUAAAAACUGGACACGCAGAAUACAAAUUGUAGGUGCAGAGGAAAAUAUGGCCAGCAAUGGAGGGAAGAAGGGAGGGGAAGCGAUAGGUGGCGGCUUUUUUGCCUCUCUCACCUCCAGCCUUUCCCACUUUGGCAUUGUCAUGCACAAGUCGGUUAACAAUCUCAUGGGAUAUGAGGGCUUGCGAGUCGUUAAUCCUGAAGGUGGGCAAGAUGAUGUGCGAGAGGAAGCUCAUAAAGGAAGAUGGAAGAAAGAGGAUCGGGAUAGUUUCUGGAGAAUGAUGCAAAAAUAUAUUGGAUCAGAUAUCACAUCCUUAGUUACCCUCCCACUCAUGAUUUUUGAGCCUAUGACAGCACUUCAGAAGAUGGCUGAGUUAAUGGAGUACUCUUAUUUGCUCGACCUGGCAGAUGAGUGUGAGGAUCCCUAUCUGAAGAUGGUUUAUGCAUCAUCAUGGGCAAUUUCUGUCUAUUAUGCAUACCAGAGAGCUUGGAAGCCUUUCAAUCCAAUUCUUGGAGAGACCUAUGAAAUGGUCAAUCAUGGAGGGAUUAAAUUUAUUGCAGAGCAGGUUUGCCAUCAUCCUCCAAUGAGCUCAGCAUUUGCAGAAAACAAGCAUUUUACUUACACUAUCACUUCAAAAGUAAAAACCAAAUUUCGUGGAAACUCUGUUGAUGUGUACCCACUUGGACGGACACGUGUGAUGUUAAAAAAAUCUGGAGAGAUACUUGAUUUGGUGCCACCUCCAAUGAAAUGCCAUAAUCUGAUUUUUGGACAGACUUGGGUUGAUUCUUCUGGUGAGAUGCAAAUGACAAAUCAGACUACAGGAGACAAAGUUGAGCUAUAUUUUCAACCACGCGGUUGGUUUGGAGCUGGUCAUUAUAAAGUAGAUGGGCAUGUAUAUGAUUCCAAGGAAGAACGUAAGUUAUUGAUGACAGGAAGGUGGUCUGUGUCAUUGAGUUACCAACCUUGUGAUACUAAAGGCUUGCCUCUACCUGGUACAAAUUUAAAAGAGGUCUGGAAGGUUGCAGAUGUUCCAAAGAAUGACAAGUAUCAGUACACACAUUUUGCUCAUAAAAUUAACAGUUUUGAUACUGCACCAAAGAAUCUUCUUGCUUCAGACUCUCGUCUUCGACUUGACCGUUCUGCAUUAGAAAUAGGAGACCUGAAAAAGGCUGGAGUUGAAAAGAACAAUUUAGAGAAAAGGCAACGGGCUGAAAAGAGGCGCAGAGAGUCCAAAUCUGAACAGUUCACUCCAAGAUGGUUCAUUCCAAUGGGUGAAGUCGCAGCCACGCCUUGGGGUGAUCUGGAAGUUUAUGAAUAUAAUGGGAAAUAUUCUGACCAUCGUGCUUCUAUUGAUACUUCUAAUAUUGAUGAUGGCAUAGAUCCAAAAUCUAUCGAGUUUAACCCAUGGCAGUAUAGAAAUCUACAGGAAGUUGAGGGUAAUGCAACUGUUGAAUGACAUUUGUUUGCCUGAUUCAAUUAUACCCUUGUGAGGAUUUUAUCAGUUUUCUCUUAUGGGAUUUGACUCUCUAUCAUUCUCCAAAAUAAGUAAUCAGGUUCUGUAUUUUAAAACUUGGUUUAAGAAGGCAGUGGAAGGUCUACUUCUAUGGCAUUUAAAAAACUGAUACACUACCGUUUUUGUUUGCGCAAGAUGGAUUGUGUUUUGAGCAAUUGUAACUUAUAUGUUCUAAUCAGAAUUAUUAUUAAAAACUUGUUAUUACACGGCUAGAAGCAAUAUCUUGUAGUAGUGAAAUGUUUGGCAAUUGAUGAGCCUGGGGCUAUCUUAACUAUUAAUAGUUCAUAUUUAAUCUCAGAUUCAAUGUGCCAGAAUAUGGUUU